AUGAAGGAAUGCAAAAGUGAAGAUCCCAACAAGUCCACAAUUUUUGAUGAAGAAUUUGAUGUUGAAAAAGACUUAAUUGAGAUCGAGGGGCUGCUAGAAGAAGCUGAGUUUGAAGAAUUGAUGAAACAAUCUGACAAAUCAACUCACCGAAUAUUGGUGGCGGUGGAUUAUGUAUCCAAGUGGGCGGAGGCACAAGCUUUGCCAACUAAUGAUGGUCGGGUGGUGGUGCGCUUUUUGAAGAAACUAUUUUCAAGAUUUGGAGUCCCGAAAGCCCUUAUAAGUGACCGAGGCACUCAUUUUGCCAAUGAUCAACUAGAGAAGGUGUUAAGGAAAUAUGGGGUAACCCAUAAAUUUUCUACAUCGUACCAUCCACAAACAAGUGGACAAAACGAAGUGACAAAUAGAGCCUUAAAGAGAAUCUUGGAGAGAUCGGUGGGGAUCAAUCGGAAAGAAUGGUCGGAUUAG